UUGAGGAGUUCUACUAAAGCUCAGAUCACAGACUGAAAGUAAAGGAAGGAGAGCUGGGAGAAAAGAAGAGAUAUAAGUCUGUCUGAGAAAAAGAGAGUGGGAGAAAGACGAAGCUGUCAACUGAAAUAAUCCUGCCAAGAGAAGUGUUUUACCUGCUGCUGGAAGAGUUUUGCUUUUAUCAACUUCUGAAGCCUACUGGACUUAUUGAGCACUUCUGGGUCUACUUUGUGUCACUCAGGACUCUUGUCUCUGAAGCAUCACUGGGAGGUUUAUUAAGACCAAAAGCUUGUUGUGGAUGAAGUGCUGAAGGGAUUCUGAAGGUAAAUCUCUCAAUGUGUGGCUGUGAGCUGACCCAUGGGAACGUUAGACGUCUCAAUAAAACAGCUUUGAGAAUACUAUUAUGGUGAUCUUUGCAUCAUGAAAUGAGAAAGCAUUGCUACAAGAACAGAUUCAGGCAAACUAUACCUAAAGUAUCUUCCAAUUGCUUGUGUGAAAGUAAAAGAUUUUUUGUGGAAUAUGCUCAAAUUUCACAAAACAACAAUGAGUUCAACUAUUGUGAAUCAAGGGAAACAUGACUUGAUCUAGCCAAACUUGAACUAAACUAAAUUGUCAUCCAAGAAUCUAAAUUGAAAGUCAGAUGACUCCAACCCUUGACAGUGCAUGGUUUAUAAUAGAUACAAAUGAAUGAUAGCAAUGAGGUGAAGGAUACAAUGACCUCCACAAGGCAAACAGGAAUUGGGUGGAUAGGCUGACAAACUCUCAGAGACGAGCAACUGAACAAACUACAAAACACAGAGGAAAAGUAAACUGUAAAACAUCUGAGACAGAAGGACAGAAGAAGAAGACAAGCUGGACAAACAGGACAGGACAGGAAAAUUAAAUUGGACUCGCAGCAGUUGUGGACCAUGUCUGUAGUGUGUAGUGUUCCUCAGGAUGGCCUGUCAGGUUUGGACAGUCAAUGCAGAAACAGCAGAGUGAAGAGAGCUGUCCGCAUCUCCUCAAUAGCUCAUGAGGUGCUGUCUCUGGGUGCUGAUGUGUUACCUGAGUAUAAACUGCAGACUCCCAGGAUCCAGAAGUGGACCAUCCUUCACUACAGUCCUUUCAAAGCUGUGUGGGACUGGGUCAUUUUGCUCUUAGUCAUUUAUACCGCCAUAUUCACUCCUUACUCUGCUACAUUUCUACUGAGUGACCAGGAGGAGGCAGCCAUGCAGACCUGUGGCUACUCCUGUUCUCCCCUCAACGUGGUGGAUCUUAUAGUGGACAUCAUGUUCAUUGUUGACAUCAUCAUCAACUUCAGGACCACAUAUGUGAACUCCAAUGAUGAGGUGGUGAGCCAGUCUUCUCGGAUUGUAGUCCACUACUUCAAAGGGUGGUUCCUCAUCGACAUGGUGGCAGCCAUUCCCUUUGACCUCCUCAUCUACCGCUCCGGAGAGGAGGUGGUUAGGGGAGGUGGAGAGGGAGAGACCACCACACUGAUUGGCCUGCUGAAGACAGCUCGGUUACUGCGAUUGGUUCGUGUAGCCAGGAAGUUGGACCGGUACUCAGAGUACGGUGCAGCUGUCCUCUUCCUCCUCAUGUGCACCUUUGCCCUCAUCGCCCACUGGCUGGCCUGCAUCUGGUAUGCCAUAGGGAAUGUGGAGCGGUCCUCCUCGGCUGGGAUUGGCUGGUUGGACAACCUGGGUGAGCAGCUUAGGAGGCCGUACAAUGAGUCCAUCAUCGGCUCAGGUCCUUCCAUCAGAGAUAAAUAUGUCACAGCUCUGUACUUCACCUUCAGUAGUCUGACCAGCGUAGGCUUCGGGAACGUCUCCCCAAACACCAACUCUGAGAAGAUCUUCUCCAUCUGCGUCAUGCUUGUAGGAGCUCUGAUGUAUGCCAGUAUUUUCGGUAACGUGUCAGCCAUUAUCCAGCGGCUGUACUCUGGUACAGCACGCUACCAUGCCCAGAUGAUGAGAGUUCGAGAGUUCAUCCGCUUCCACCAGAUCCCCAACCCUUUGAGACAGCGGCUGGAGGAAUACUUCCAACACGCUUGGUCAUACACUAAUGGAAUAGACAUGAACGCUGUUUUAAAAGGUUUCCCAGAGUGUCUCCAGGCAGAUAUUUGUCUCCACCUCAACAGGUCCCUGCUGCAAGACUUUAAGGCUUUUAAAGGAUCUACUAAGGGCUGUCUCAGGGCCCUGGCCAUGAGGUUUAAGAACACCCACUCUCCUCCUGGUGACACCCUCGUCCACGCUGGAGACCUGAUAUCAGCUCUGUACUUCAUCUCUAGAGGAUCCAUAGAGAUCCUCAAAGGAGACGUGGUGAUAGCUAUACUGGGGAAGAACGAUAUCUUUGGGGAGCCCAUUGAUCAGUUUGCUCUGCCAGGAAAAUCCAGUGCGGAUGUCAGAGCUCUGACUUACUGUGAUCUGCACAAGAUACAAAGAGAGGAUAUAAUGGAGGUUCUGGGCAUGUAUCCUGAAUUUUGUGAAUAUUUCUGGUCCAACUUGGAGAUCACCUUCAAUCUUAGAGAAGUGAAGAAUGACGCUGCAGGCUUUGUGAGCGGAGAAGACUCUGACUAUGAGGGGUUCAGCAGUCCACUCAGGAAAUACAAACUGUCUUCCACUCACACAGGUGACAUCUCAGCAGGGAGAGAGAGAGUCGGAUGUACAACACAACACAGCAGCUGUGAGCAGCGUGCAGGCAGCACCAGAGAGGAUCAUAAACAUACAUCAUAUGGCCCUGUGUUUUCCAGUGACGAUGAAGGGGAGGACUUAGAGGAGACCCGCCCCGCUCAGACCUCUGCCGGUCCUGCUGCUGCCACAAACGCUACGGGGUGCCCCGACACUGAUAUGCGAGAGAACACCUGUAACCCUUUAACAGAGAGUCGAGAGGAGCAGAGAUACCAGGAGGUGCCCUGCUCUCACAGCCUUCCCUCACCUCCUCCUCAGCCUCCUUCCCUGGACCUCUUUGACCUGCGCUCCUCCUCCCACUGUCCCUCCAGCACUUCUGCUCUUUCGUCUGCCAUCCCUCGGAGGAAGAAAGUCGAGUUAGAGAAGAGGCUGGAGGCACUGCAGAGACAGAUAACCAGAUUGGAGUCUCAUAUGUCAGCAGACAUCGGGACCAUCAUGCAGCUGCUGCAGAGGCAAAUGCCAAUGAUCCCACCUUCCUACAGCACCCUGACACCAACAUCCAACGCCCUCUCCUCCCCCACUGACGAGUCACCGACCACCACCCCCCAGCAGCACCUGUCCAAUGAAAACGAUCAACAACUUGAACCAGAAUCUAACUCUCUGGUUUUCGGUUCCUCUGUCUUCCAUCUUGCUGCCUUCCCCCGUCUCAUCCACACCUCACCCCUUCACAUUUCAUAUCAGUCAUUGUUGUCUUCCCCCAACUUCCCCCAGGACACCUUCACCUCCCCACCCCGACCCCAAACUUCUAUCCAGUCUUCCUCCUCUGUCUUUCCUCAGACAGGAAGUCAGUGUGUGUCUCAUUCGUUGUCCCGACCCUCACCCCUCAGCACCCUGAAUCCUCAGUGGCCAGAGAGGCUUGAUCAACCAGUCCUUCCUGUUAGGAACCAGAGCUCCGCCUCUGUCUCACAGGAUUUGGUCUCAGAUUAUAAGGUCCAGUCCUCCAGACGCCCAUCGGUUAACAGACAACUGCUUCAGCCAGAAGACAGUCCCUGUCGUCCCACCAUCAGUCAGUCAGAGCUUCUCCUCCAGAGUGGAAUCAACCAAUCAGAACGGGGCCCGCUGCUCUCAUCUGCUCAACCCAAUACAGAAGCAGCAUCGGAGCCGCGUGGGAGCCAGCGGCGCCUGUCGAUGUCGGGAUCAUUGGACAGCAACUAGCUGACUCAGACUGACUACAGUUCAAACCCAGGAAGUUAACGGAAGGUUCUGCCCACACAUUCACAGCUGAGGCUGCCUGGUACAACCACAGUCUGACCUGUUGGUCACUGAGCAGCUCCACUGGAGCACCUGGGGUUACAGGUUCAAUUCUGUCACUUUCCCACUUGGAUUGAUCCUGCCAUUGCUGGGAAUCGGACAAAAGACUUUACGGUCAGACAAGCCUGCUUCUCUAUCUUUCUCACUUUCUAGAAAAGUUGUAUUUCAUACUAACGGGGUAACAACAACUCCUAUUUAGAAUACAGGAACUGAAAGAUGUUAUGUCGAGUGCAGUGCACAUAGGGAUUUUGCAGUUGGGUCACAAAUCUCCUGUCAGGCAUUUGUGGCCAACCCUGACUCCUUCAAAAUGACAUUCCCAUACAGCUAAACUGCAUUCUCAGUUAUGUUUCAUGGAAAACGUAUUUCCGGUAGAUUACAGUCGCAGUUUUAAUGACGUGUUUGAAUUUGAAACAAAACAGAAAUGCAACAAAACCAAUUGGUUAAGUUUAGUAAAACAUCAUGGUUUGGUUAUAAUAAGUCAGUUUGGAACAUUACUGAGGUCAGUGACGUAAUUUAAAAUAUGAGAAUGUUGAAUUUUAGUUUCACACAGAACACGAAUAGUGGAAUCCGCAGACUAUGAUUUGAAAUAAAGGAGAAGAUACAAUUUGUGAUGCAUCAGAAACAAAUACGUACAAUAUUAUUAUUGACAAUGUAGUUGUGUUGUAUGGGAACAGACUGAUGUGGCACUGGUGUGGAGUUACAUGUGUAAUAUAGUGAAUGGAGUUCGAAAAUAAGAAAUACCAAACAAAUACUGUAGCGUUGGAGUAGAUCCAGUGAGUAAUGUUAUUAUUAAACUUGUAUUAAUAUGGUUUAUGUGUUUCCUAAUUUCUGUAACUGGCACAGUUAUGUUUUUAGUCCUUCUGGUCCUAGUUUAUUUCCUCACACAGUAUAAAUUAUAAACAUUUGCUGAGUUAACCUCGGAGGCAUUUCAGAAUGGAGGCUAAAAAGUAGAGAUGUUCCGAUAACUUUCUUUUCUUCCUGAUACUGAUUCUGAUACCUGAACUUGCGUAUUGGCCGAUACCAAAUACUGAUCCAAUAACAGUGUGUUUAAAAACAAUAAUAUCUGUUAUUGUUUUUUUUUUAUAACAUCUGUAUACUAUUAACCCUUUAUGAAUGUGAUAUGGUGAAUGGCCUGGCUCAGGUUGAACCCUUUGUAAAACAUACAGAGAAUGAAUGAAUAGGACUUUAUUUAUUAUCGAGUUAUUUUCCAGUAAAAUUAUAGCAAGAUUGCUGACAUUUUGCUCGCUUCUGGCUAAUGUUACACUCUCCGCUAGCACCUGCCCGAUCUGUACUGCGCAUGUGCAACUCUCAAGAUUGAUGAGAAAGAAGCAAGAUGGCUCACUCGUUAGCAACAUCCAACAUUGAUUUUGUACGCAGCAAUCUUUUUUUUAUUUUUCUGGAGCUGAUGACAGAAGUUAAGGAGUCAGCCAUCUUGCUUCUCUCAUCUGUGGUGAGAGUUGCACAUGUAGCGAUCAGGCAGGAUGUAGAGAUCGGGUAGUGAGUGACACGUGUUGUUGUUGCUGUGUCGGGUAAAGGAACUGAUCUAUGAUAAUGUUGAGGGACUUUCAUGGUGUAUCCAAGCAGGGACUUUCAAAAUAAGUCGACAUACCGGAACAUCAAAGAUUUGACUGCUUGUUUUUUACAUUCAUAGAUCAGUUAUUGAUGGUCAGUUAAGCAUUCAAAUGAAUUCCAAAUGGCCACUGGUUACAUUACAUUACAGUCAUUUAGCAGACGCUCUUAUCUAAAGCGACUUACAAUCCAGAUUCUAUCACAUUCUACACUGUAGGCACAGCUACGGGAGACAUUUUGGGGUUAAGUGUCUUGCUCAAGGACACGUCGACAUGCGACUAGCAGAGCCAGGGAUCGAACCGCCAAUCCUCUGAUUUGACGACUAUUAUUAUGAAGUGUGUCUUCCUUCAUUCAUAGCUGGAUACUAUAGUUUCCUGCAGAACAGGCAGAGAUGUUUGGUCUGUAAUUUGAUUUUAAACUGGAUUUUUCUCCCUGAAGUUUUAACAUUUGGCCCUAUUAACCUCUAAAACUGUGUUGUAAAGAAUCAAACCUGUGUCAUUGUCGAUCUGUGUCAAUGUUGUUAUCCAGAGCAACUGAAUGCAUUUACUUCAACGUGGUUUUCAACAGAAGCAUCCAAACCUUUGUGUGAGUGUAUUUAUGUGAUUUUAUUGUCGCCAUUAUUUAUACAAUAGUUCUUCCUGAGCUGCUUCAUCAGCUGGACACGCAUGAAGUCUAAACAACCUUCAGUAUCCACAAUAGCAAAAUUUAGAAGUGUAGUCUUCAGUUUAGCAUUACAAUAUAUAUUAUGUAUUUGUUGAAAAAACAGAGAUACAGAUUGGGACAAAGUUAUGGAUGCUGUAUUUAAUAUUUAGUUGUUUAACUUUUGUUUAAUGUUAUUUAUUGGUUUUGCAAGUUACUUUGUUUUUCUUUUUGUGUCUUGUGUCACUGGCCCUCAAAUGGGAUUAAUAGAAACUAAACAAAUAUAUGUCACUGAUUUAUGUUAUUAUUUGUCAAUAUUUGGUUGUUUAUGUGAACUUAAACUUAAAGAAAUUACAUUUAAAUUAUUUUCUUCAGUUGAAGAUAAUUAAGAGAUGUGUAAAAUGACAGUCAUUUGCACAAACAUGGUUUGAAAUCACUGGGUUAAAUUUGACCAAGUAUUUUUUAUAUUACAAGUAUAUAAUAGUAUUAGUUAUUUACUCAAACUAAAGUGAGUUUUAUCAAGUAUUGGACGCAGAAAGUGUACAUUUCACCUUAAAAUGGUCACAAAUCUAACAAAAUGAGCAUAUGGCAUUCAAAACUGCAAAAUGUGUGUGUGUGUGCUGGGCAACGAUUA